CACAGCGUCUCGUCCCCUAGCUCAUGAGAAUUUGAGCUGGAAAGCCAGCAUGCCCUGGUAAAUGGAAGUCCUGCCACUUCAAGACAUGGAGUCAUCUUUCACAUUUGGAGUAAUCCUUGCAGUCCUGGCCUCCCUCAUCAUUGCUGCUAAUGUACUGGUGGCUGUGGCUGUGCUGUCAUUGAUCCACAAGAAUGAUGGUGUCAGUCUCUGUUUCACCUUGAAUCUGGCGGUGGCUGACACCUUGAUUGGUGUGGCCAUCUCUGGCCUAAUCACAGACCAACUCUCCAGCUCUUCUCGGCCCACACAGAAGACCCUGUGCAGCCUUCGGAUGGCAUUUGUCACUUCCUCUGCAACUGCCUCUGUCCUUACAGUCAUGCUGAUCGCCUUUGACAGGUACCUUGCCAUCAAGCAGCCCCUCCGCUACUUCCAGAUCAUGAGUGGGCUCAUGGCUGGGGCCUGCAUUGCUGCGCUGUGGUUGGUGUCUUACCUCAUUGGCUUCCUCCCACUUGGAGUCCGCAUGUUCCAGCAGAACUCCUACCAGGGGCCCUGCAGUUUCUUUGCUGUGUUCGACCCUCACUUUGUGCUGACCCUCUCCUGCAUUGGCUUCUUCCCAGCCCUGAUCCUCUUUGUCUUCUUCUACUGUGACAUGCUCAAGAUUGCCUCUGUGCACAGCCAGCAGAUCCGAAAGAUGGAACACAUAGGAGCGAUGGAUGGAGCUUACCGGCCCCCCCGGACUCCCAGUGACUUCAAGGCUAUCCGUACUGUGUCUGUUCUCAUCGGGAGCUUCACUCUGUCCUGGGCCCCCUUCCUUAUCACUAGCAUUGUGCAGGUGGCCUGCCGGGAAUGCCACCUCUACUCAGUGCUGGAACGGUACCUGUGGCUGCUUGGUGUGGGCAACUCCCUACUCAACCCACUCAUCUAUGCCUAUAGGCAGAAGGAGGUGCAGCGGCAGCUCUACCACAUGGCCCUGGGAGUGAAGAAGGGGCUCACCUCAUUCCUCCUCCUCCUCUUGGCCAGGAAUGGUGGCCCAGAGAAACCCAGGGAAAGUUCCUGUCAUAUCGUCACUAUCUCGCACUCAGAGCUUAAUGGCUACGAUGGUAAGGGCAAAAAAAUUUCAAAGUGCCUUUCCUCUCCCCAUGCUGGGCCAUACUUAGAUCAGAUGGAGCUAGAGGAAUGAGAG